CCUGGCGUCAGAUUAGAUGUUUAAAUCAAGCCGUGUUGGAGGCCGCGAGGGAAUGUCCAUGGGAUUCUUACUGAGGCUAAUCCCAGAGCAGCACAUUCCAGGCGGCUAAUCUGCCCAAGUUCAUUGCUGACUUGAAACGUCUCUUGGGGGAAGAGCCGAGCAAGUGACUUUUUUUCCAGUGGGCGGUCAUAAGAGCAUUAUUAACGGGAUGACCAGCCCCAGAAGCAGCAAAAUGAAAGCAACAGGAGCUGCUCGUGGGACUGCCUUUGCCACCACCCAGAGUCAGUGCUCAGGCUCAGAAAUCCUGGAUAGAAAGAGCAUUUUAUAAAAGAGAAUGCGUUCACAUCAUCCCCAGCACCAAAGACCCCCAUAGGUGCUGCUGCGGGCGUCUCAUAGGCCAGCAUGUCGGCCUCACUCCCAGUAUCUCCGUUCUUCAGAAUGAGAAAAAUGAGAGUCGCCUCUCCCGAAAUGACAUCCAGUCGGAGAAGUGGUCCAUCAGCAAGCACACUCAGCUCAGCCCCACGGAUGCUUUGGGGACCAUUGAGUUCCAGGGAGGCGGCCAUUCCAACAAAGCCAUGUACGUGCGAGUAUCUUUCGAUACAAAACCUGAUCUCCUCUUACACCUGAUGACCAAGGAAUGGCAGUUGGAGCUUCCCAAGCUUCUCAUCUCUGUCCACGGGGGCCUGCAGAACUUCGAGCUCCAGCCCAAACUCAAGCAAGUCUUUGGGAAAGGUCUUAUCAAAGCAGCCAUGACAACCGGAGCAUGGAUAUUUACUGGAGGGGUUAACACAGGUGUUAUUCGUCAUGUUGGAGAUGCCUUGAAGGACCAUGCAUCUAAGUCUCGGGGGAAGAUAUGUACCAUAGGUAUCGCCCCUUGGGGAAUCGUGGAAAACCAGGAGGACCUGGUUGGAAGAGAUGUUGUCCGGCCAUAUCAGACCAUGUCCAAUCCCAUGAGCAAGCUCACUGUUCUCAACAGCAUGCAUUCCCACUUCAUUCUGGCUGACAAUGGGACCACCGGGAAGUAUGGAGCAGAGGUGAAACUUAGGAGACAGCUGGAGAAGCACAUUUCACUCCAGAAGAUAAACACAAGAUGCCUGCCGUUUUUCUCUCUUGAGUCCCGCUUGUUUUAUUCAUUUUGGGGUAGUUGCCAAUUAGACCAAAUUGGAAUCGGACAAGGCGUGCCGGUGGUGGCGCUCAUUGUGGAAGGAGGACCCAAUGUGAUCUCCAUUGUCUUGGAGUACCUUCGAGACACCCCGCCCGUGCCGGUUGUUGUCUGUGAUGGGAGUGGACGGGCGUCCGACAUCCUGGCAUUUGGGCAUAAAUAUUCAGAAGAAGGCGGACUAAUAAAUGAAUCUUUGCGGGACCAGCUACUGGUGACCAUCCAGAAGACCUUCACAUACACUCGAACCCAAGCCCAGCACCUGUUCAUCAUCCUCAUGGAAUGCAUGAAGAAGAAGGAAUUGAUUACAGUCUUUCGGAUGGGAUCAGAAGGACACCAGGACAUUGAUUUAGCUAUCCUGACAGCUUUGCUCAAAGGAGCCAAUGCCUCAGCCCCAGACCAGUUGAGCUUGGCCUUGGCAUGGAACAGAGUCGACAUCGCUCGCAGCCAGAUCUUUAUUUAUGGGCAGCAGUGGCCGGUGGGGUCUCUGGAACAAGCCAUGUUGGAUGCCCUAGUUCUGGACAGAGUGGAUUUUGUGAAAUUACUCAUAGAGAAUGGAGUAAGCAUGCACCGUUUUCUCACCAUCUCCAGACUAGAGGAAUUGUACAAUACGAGACAUGGGCCCUCAAACACAUUGUACCACUUGGUCAGGGAUGUCAAAAAGCGAGAAUAUCCAGGUUUCGGUUGGAUCUAUUUUAAGGGGAACCUGCCCCCGGACUACAGAAUCAGCCUGAUCGACAUCGGCCUGGUGAUCGAGUACCUGAUGGGCGGGGCUUAUCGCUGCAACUACACGCGCAAGCGCUUCCGGACCCUCUACCACAACCUCUUCGGCCCCAAGAGGCCCAAAGCCUUGAAACUACUAGGAAUGGAGGAUGAUGUUCCCUUGAGGCGAGGAAGAAAAACAACCAAGAAACGUGAAGAAGAGGUAGACAUUGACUUGGAUGACCCCGAGAUCAACCACUUUCCUUUCCCUUUCCACGAGCUGAUGGUGUGGGCCGUGCUGAUGAAGCGGCAGAAAAUGGCCCUGUUCUUCUGGCAGCAUGGCGAGGAGGCGAUGGCCAAGGCCCUGGUGGCCUGCAAGCUCUGCAAAGCCAUGGCUCACGAGGCUUCCGAGAACGACAUGGUCGACGACAUCUCCCAGGAGCUGAACCACAACUCCAGGGACUUUGGCCAGUUGGCCGUGGAGCUCCUGGACCAGUCCUACAAGCAGGACGAGCAGCUGGCCAUGAAACUGCUGACGUACGAGCUGAAGAACUGGAGCAAUGCCACGUGCCUGCAGCUGGCCGUGGCUGCCAAGCACCGCGACUUCAUCGCACACACGUGCAGCCAGAUGUUGCUCACAGACAUGUGGAUGGGCAGGCUCCGGAUGCGCAAAAACUCAGGCCUCAAGGUAAUUCUGGGAAUUCUACUUCCUCCUUCAAUUCUCAGCUUGGAGUUCAAGAACAAAGACGACAUGCCUUAUAUGACUCAGGCCCAGGAAAUACAUCUCCAAGAGAAGGAGCCGGAAGAACCAGAAAAGCCCACAAAAGAAAAAGAUGAAGAGGAUAUGGAACUGACAGCAAUGUUGGGACGAAGCAAUGGAGAAUCUUCCCGGAAGAAGGAUGAAGAAGAAGUUCAGAGCAGGCACAGGUUAAUCCCCUUGGGCAGAAAAAUCUAUGAGUUCUACAAUGCACCCAUCGUGAAGUUCUGGUUCUACACUCUCGCCUACAUCGGAUACCUGAUGCUCUUCAACUAUAUCGUGUUAGUGAAGAUGGAGCGCUGGCCUUCCACCCAGGAAUGGAUCGUCAUCUCCUACAUUUUCACCCUGGGAAUAGAAAAGAUGAGAGAGAUUCUGAUGUCAGAGCCAGGGAAGUUACUACAGAAAGUGAAGGUAUGGCUGCAAGAGUACUGGAACGUCACAGACCUCAUAGCCAUCCUGCUGUUCUCUGUCGGAAUGAUCCUCCGUCUCCAAGACCAGCCCUUCAGGAGUGAUGGGAGGGUCAUCUAUUGUGUGAACAUCAUUUAUUGGUAUAUCCGUCUGUUAGACAUCUUCGGUGUGAACAAGUACUUGGGCCCAUAUGUGAUGAUGAUUGGAAAAAUGAUGAUAGACAUGAUGUACUUUGUCAUCAUUAUGCUGGUGGUGCUGAUGAGUUUUGGGGUUGCCAGGCAAGCCAUUCUCUUUCCCAACGAGGAGCCAUCGUGGAAAUUGGCCAAGAACAUCUUCUACAUGCCCUAUUGGAUGAUUUAUGGGGAAGUGUUUGCGGACCAGAUAGACCCUCCCUGUGGACAGAAUGAGACCCGAGAGGAUGGUAAAAUAAUUCAGCUGCCUCCCUGCAAGACAGGAGCCUGGAUCGUGCCAGCCAUUAUGGCCUGCUACCUUUUAGUGGCGAACAUCCUGCUGGUCAACCUCCUCAUCGCUGUCUUUAACAAUACAUUUUUCGAGGUAAAGUCAAUAUCCAACCAAGUGUGGAAGUUUCAGAGAUAUCAGCUCAUCAUGACUUUCCAUGAAAGGCCAGUUCUGCCCCCGCCUCUGAUCAUCUUCAGCCACAUGACCAUGAUAUUCCAGCACCUGUGUUGCCGAUGGAGGAAGCAUGAGAGUGACCCAGAUGAAAGGGACUAUGGCCUGAAACUGUUCAUAACUGAUGAUGAGCUCAAGAAAGUACAUGAUUUUGAAGAGCAGUGCAUAGAGGAAUAUUUCAGGGAAAAGGAUGAUCGAUUCAACUCGUCCAAUGAUGAGAGGAUACGGGUGACUUCAGAAAGGGUGGAGAACAUGUCCAUGCGCCUGGAGGAAGUCAAUGAGAGAGAGCACUGCAUGAAGGCUUCACUCCAGACCGUGGACAUCCGGCUGGCGCAGCUCGAGGACCUCAUCGGGCGCAUGGCCACAGCCCUGGAACGUCUGACAGGCCUAGAGCGGGCUGAGUCCAACAAAAUCCGCUCUCGGACCUCCUCGGACUGCACAGACGCAGCCUACAUCGUCCGCCAGAGCAGCUUCAACAGCCAGGAGGGGAACACCUUCAAGCUCCAAGAGAGUAUAGACCCUGCAGGUGAGGAGACCAUGUCCCCAACUUCUCCAACCCUAAUGCCCCGUAUGCGAAGCCAUUCUUUCUAUUCGGUCAAUGUGAAAGACAAAGGUGGUAUAGAAAAGUUGGAAAGUCUUUUUAAAGAAAGGUCCCUGAGCCUACACCGGGCUACUAGUUCCCACUCUGUAGCAAAGGAAUCCAAAGCUCCUGCAGCCCCUGCAAACACCUUGGCCAUUGUUCCUGAUUCCAGAAGACCAUCAUCAUGUAUAGACAUCUAUGUCUCUGCCAUGGAUGAGCUGCACUGUGAUAUAGACCCUCUGGACAAUUCCAUGAACAUCCUUGGGCUGGGCGAACCAAGCUUUUUGGCUCAAGGACUUUCCACAGCUCCUUCAAGUAGUGCCUAUGCAACUCUCGCACCCACAGACAGACCUCCUAGCCGGAGCAUUGAUUUUGAGGACAUCACCUCCAUGGACACUAAAUCUUUUUCUUCAGACUACACCCACCUCCCAGAGUGCCAAAACCCCUGGGACACCGACCCUCCGAUGUACCACACCAUCGAGCGUUCCAAAAGUAGCCGCUACCUACCCACCACGCCCUUCCUCCUAGAAGAGACCCCCAUCGUGAAGUCCCAUAGCUUUAUGUUUUCUCCUUCGAGGAGCUAUUACGCCAACUUUGGGGUGCCCGUGAAAACAGCAGAAUACACAAGUAUUACUGACUGUAUUGACACAAGGUGCGUCAACGCCCCACAAGCGAUUGCUGACAGAGCCACCUUUCCUGGUGGUCUUGGAGGCAAAGUGGAGGACUCCUCUUGCUGCCAUCCUGAGCGAGAAGCAGAACUGAGUCACCCCAGCUCUGACACAGAGGAGAAUGAGGCCAAAGGCCGGAGGGCCGCCCUGGCAAUACCCACACAGGAGGGCGAUAACUCAGACAGAACCCUGUCCAACAACAUCACGGUUCCCAAGAUAGAGCGCGCCAACAGCUACUCGGCAGAGGAGCCAAGCGCGCCAUAUGCACACACCAGGAAGAGCUUCUCCAUCAGUGACAAGCUCGACAGGCAGCGGAACACAGCAAGCCUGCGAAAUCCCUUCCAGAGGAGUAAGUCCUCCAAGCCGGAGGGCCAAGGGGACAGCCUGUCCAUGCGGAGACUGUCCAGAACAUCCGCUUUCCACAGCUUUGAAAACAAGCACAACUAAACCUUCCUAAUAAGCAUUGCAGGAGGCUCAAGAACCCAGUCCCAACCUUCUCCCCUUCCCCUCCCUUGAAACAUACCUGCGUUAUUCUUAGCUGAGCAAAACAAGCAAUGCCUUAGGAGGUGUUAACUCAAAAGUGACUUCUGGGCCACAGAUCAAAAAAAGCAUUUGACCUGGCCCAGUGCCAAACACAGGGGAUAUGUCACGCUCACACUUGAUGGGUAGGGAGGGGAAAGAGAGGGAGAAGAAAGGUGGAGAUGAAUGUGUAUCACUAGUCACUUCAGAAAGCCUCGCGCUCUGGGAAUGAAGCGUGUCACACAUCCUCCGUGCCAGGAGGCGUCUUUCCGUGUCUGACCGUUGACAGGAGUUUUAGGAUGCAGGGCUAAAUUGCAAAAUAAAAUAAAAUAAAAAAGUAGCCAGCAUACAAAUGAGACAUUCUAAACUUCCAUUCUGUUUUCUUUUCACAUUGGCUCCAUCACUGGUGACUGAUGAAGAGCACCCUUUUUAUUCAGUAUAAGCCGGCAGCAAGCAGUUCUACCUAACAUCCUUCUCAUGCCAACACUUCCGUAAUUGAUCAGUAUACAGACAAAACAAGGUAACAGUCACAGUUCACCUGUCUCUUCUAUCUUCACUUCUGGUGCCACAAUUGUUUAUCUUUUUUUUUUUUUUUUGAAGAAAAUAAGGGAAAAGAAAUGCCUUUUUGUAUUGCACGUGAAAUGAAAGAAGAAUUUGUGUUAAAAACAGAUGUCAAGUGGCCUAGUAUAUGCAGUGGGCAUUCACGGCUAGUCGAGCAAGCUCAGGAUGAAUGUAACUAGAUACUUUUAUAUUUUUUAAUUUAUUUUGUAUCUCACCUGACAUCAAUGAAUUCGCUCACUGAAUAUAUAAUAGUGAACUAACAAAACAUAGAGUGGGCAGAACUCACCUGAAAUUGCCAUAUGGGACAUGGGUGUGUUCUCACCGUCCGUGUCGUGUGUGCUGCUGCUGUGUGGCCUCCAUCGUCUGCAUGCCUCCCCCGCGCCGUCGGCACACCUCCGCGAUGUCACUGCCAAGUUUCCACACCGCAUCACGUGACCAUUGUAUAUAUGAAUAUCUGGUGGAUAUUUUCAUACCUAGAGUUUUGCCAUUUAAUCUGAGCUCAGCAUAAAUUUAAUUGGAGUUUUUCAAGGGCUGGUAUCUUUUUUAUGGAAAUGUUCCAAAGUACUUUUUAAGGAAGUCUCAAAACCAUAAAUAACCUUAGAAUUGACUGGGAGUUUGGUAUCAACCCAAAGCCAACAGUUGCAAGCAUGCCAUGGAUAUUUGUCUUAUAUGUAGAGCUAUAAAAAUGAUACAGCAGACUAAAAUAGAAAGCAAAUCAACCAUGUAAAGAGUGCUAUAGCAUAUGCUUCUUAUAUACAUAUAUAUGCAUUUACACACAGAGACAUGUUAUAUAUGGUAUAUAAACAAGCAUAGAGCUUCCUUAAGAGGCUUGGACUUUUCUAUCACCUUGAGGUAUAACCAGAAUUUUUAAUACCCAAGGAAUUUCAUUGAAAGAAUUCAUUAUAUUUUGACAGAUGUUGAAAUUAUGAUUUAAAAAAUCUCUAUAAACUUAAAUUUUUCUUGUACCAAACUAGAGUUGUCAUGACUUGCUAUCUGUCCCCUGCCCCACCCCCACCCCCUGUUAUUUGUCCAAAAGCAGUCACCAUUGUGACAUCUCAUUGAGUCUGUUUCUCCUGCACAAAGCAAUUAUACCAAGCACAAUCUGAACAUACACAAUUCUAACCCAGAUAGUACUAUGGGUUCUAGAAUACAGGUAUAUAUGCUUCUAGAUCAAAAUCUGGAUUUAAAGUAUGAUAAAGAAAUGUUGAUUCUCAAAUCUUUGGAUUUCUAUUUGGAACACUAAUUUUUUAAAAAGAAUCAAGUCUUGAAAGAAAGUGACAGUAUUCCUGGCCCCAGAAGAAACCUGGUUCCUUGGUUUAGUUGUAGUUGUAAACUCCAAAUUUUCUCAUUAUAUGAAAUAUGAGGAUAAAACCUCUAGCCUUUAAAUAUUUUAUUUUAUUUUUAUCCUUACC